GGAGCCCAAACAGUGUCCGAGUUGCUGAUUGACCUGUCAGAGUACGUCAAUCUAACCUCGCCGCCGGCGCCCGCCUUGGCACAGACACCGCGGCAACCACCCAAACCGCCUCCAGACAUUUCUAGGGCGUCUGCUGCACAGUUAGUUAGCGCCCAGGCCGACCAGCUAGACAGACCAGGUGCCAGAGUCGUAGUUUCCCGCUCCUUCGCUGACUUCACCUCACAGGCGACCUUUGACAUCAAGAAAUGCGACGUGCACCGUCUGGAGGAGGGUCCUCCGGUGAAGGCGGAGCUGACUCGGGAGCAGGGCCUGCAGUAUUACCGCGUCAUGCAGACGGUGAGGCGCAUGGAGCUCAAAGCUGAUCAGCUCUACAAACAGAAGAUCAUCAGAGGCUUCUGUCACCUGUACGACGGACAGGAAGCGUGUGCGGUGGGCAUCGAGGCCGCCAUCAACCCCUCUGACCACCUGAUCACCGCAUACCGCGCCCACGGCUACACGUACACCCGCGGCAUCGCCGUCAAAGAGAUCCUGGCCGAGCUCACGGGUCGUAAAGGCGGCGUGGCCAAAGGAAAGGGAGGCUCGAUGCACAUGUACGCUCCACAUUUCUACGGCGGGAACGGCAUCGUGGGAGCUCAGAUCCCUUUAGGAGCUGGCAUCGCUCUGGCCUGCCAGUACCAAGGCAACAAUCAGGUGUGCGUCACACUCUACGGAGACGGAGCAGCCAAUCAG